AUGUAUUAUUUUUGCUUUUUUCUCAGCUCUUCCAAUUCUGUUCUGUUUCAGGCUGGUACUAGCACCUUCAACCGAGGCAAGCUGAUGAAUAUUGGUUAUUUAGAGGCCCUAAAUUAUGAUAAGUUUGACUGUUUUGUUUUCCAUGAUGUGGAUCUAAUUCCAGAGAACGACCAGAACAUCUACAUGUGUGAUGAGCAUGCACGACAUCUCUCCUCAGCCAUUGAUGAGAUGAGAUAUCAUGUGAUGUUCUACAACUAUGCUGGAGGAGUGAUAGCGCUCAACCGAGAGAAUGUAAAGAAAAUAAAUGGUUACUCUAAUCUAUACUGGGGAUGGGGUAAUGAAGAUGAUGAUUUAUCAGCCAGAACAAGAGAUGCUGGAUUGUUAUUAACUCGACCUCCUGAAUAUAUUGGAAGAUACAAAAUGGUUCGGCACAUCAAAGAUAGUCGAGCAGAACAUGGGAAUGAAUUAUUUUUAAGUUGGCGUGGCCGAUGGCCACAUGAUGGCCUUAAUGACAGCCUUGGUAUGAACUACACUGUGAUAGCUCGUUACAACCAUCCUCUGUACACCAAUAUCACUGUAGAUGUUGGUUCCAGCAGUUUGGUAAAAGACAGGCAAACAAGCAGAGUCAGAGAAAGUUUGUGGUGGUUUUUAAAUUUCUAUUAUCCUUGA